AUGGUUGUGGCGGCUGUGUUUACCAUCAAACUACGAAACGACGAGGCAGAGCAGCAGUUCCUCGACGCGUUCGCCCCGCUGCAGCAGCACGCCGUGUGGAAUGAACCCGGUACUCUCACCUAUGAGCUGCAUCAAGUGUUCGAGAAUGGCGAGCCGGUGCCACACCAGUACCUCGUGCUGGAGCGCUACAGCAGCAUGCGCGACUUUGAAGAGAUUCACAUGAAGAGUGCGCCCCUCCAGAACCUCUUCAAAGCCGUGGCCGGGAUUGCCGUGGAGGAGCAGAAGCUGACUCUGUGCAGCAAGGCUACCUCGCAGCCGGCAAUAGACAGAAAACCACAGGUCUGGCCUGACAAGGCCAUUGACGACCCGCUGCUGCAGAAGGGUGUGCUGGUAUUGGGGGGUGCCCGUAGCGGCAACAAGCCUGCCUACACGCAGGAGGCCAAGGCCCUUGCCAAGUACAUUGUCGAAGUGGCGAAGCAGCCUGUCAUCUACGGCGGUGGCACGGUCGGUGUGAUGGGUGAGUUGGCGAAAGAGGCGCAGGCACUGAAUGGCAAGGUCAUCUCCGUCAUCCCCAACGCUCUGUCGGAGCGCGAGGUAUCGGGCUCCAUGAUCGGCGACCGCAUCUACAUGACAGCCACCAUGUCGGAGCGGAAGAGCAUCAUGUUUGCUCACGCCAACACUGUCGUCGCGCUGCCGGGCGGUGUCGGCACCUUUGAUGAGCUGCUGGAGGUGAUUACGCUGUUCCAGCUCAACGCCUAUCGGCCCAAGAUUGGCCUUGUGAAUGUUGAAGGCUUUUUCGAGGUAUUUAUUGCGCUACUGAAGCACCUCAUUGCUGAGGGCUUUCUGGAGGAGAAAGUCCUGGGCUUUCUGGUGAUCAGGCCGACCGCCACAGAAGUUAUGGAGGCACUCAAGUCUUUUACGCCCCCGCCGAGCCCGGCUUUCACACUGACCUGGCCGAGCCGGCCGUAG